AAGACUGGAAAAGAAAGAGAGAGAGGGAGUGACAGACUAGUUGAGAGAAAGUCGGACUCAGCUGAGACAGAGAGGGAGAGAUCAAGAGAGAAAGAUGUGGGGAGAGUGUGAUAAAGAGACAUACAGCUGCACACAGAGAGAGAGAGAGAGAGAGAGAGAGAGAGAGAGAGAGAGACGAGAGAGAGAGCGUGAUGGAGAGAGGAGGAGGAGCUCCGGCGCUACCUGUCCUGUCGCCGCCGUCUGUUCUGCUGUCGCUCUGAUCAGAUUAGAAGCGUCCGAGGUCGCCAGCAGCGAGGAGCGAGGCGGGCGGCGCCGGCAUACGGACGGAGCGUCAUUCAUCGGCCACCCCUUACCCAGCCACCCUCCACCGUCCCGCUUCCUUGUUUCCAAUGGAUACCUGCAAGGCGCCCGCCUGGGUGUUCCUGGUGCCGCUCCUCCUGAGCGCCUCUCGGGCUUCCCAGUUCCCCUCCCAGCUCCUCAUUAAAGAAUGGGUUGUUCAGAUGCAGAAAGAGCUUGUCACCCUGGCAGACACGGCCACGGCUGGAAAGAGUCUUACCCAGAUUUUCUUAAGGAACAAGCACCUCUACACUGUGGAGCAGAAUGACGCUGAGGAGUUGGUGGCCAGAGCGGCCAGGAACAUCGAACAGCUGCUCCGCAAGAGGUCCACAGCCUUGGAGAAACUGGCUACAGCUGCCGAGAAGUUCCAGAUGAAACAUCAGUGGAAAGACGAGUAUGAGGAUGAAGAAAUUGCAUACUACAAUUCCAAGGACAAUCUGGAUUCAAACGAGACAGAGGGUCGCAAAUAUCGACUCCGGCCGGACUUUAAGGAAGAUCCGUCGUUUAGACGUCUCACGGACUGCAGCCACACGGCCGUACACAUCCCCACCGACAUCUACGAUGGCUCCACCAUUGUACUGAACGAGCUGAACUGGACCGAGGCGCUUGAGGACGUGUUUAAGAAAAACAGGGAGGAUGAUCCCACGCUUCUCUGGCAGGUGUUUGGAAGCGCUACUGGUCUGGCCCGCUACUACCCAGCGUCUCCCUGGAUGGAUGCUCGGAAGACGCCCAGUAAAAUUGACCUGUAUGAUGUACGCAGGAGACCGUGGUACAUCCAAGGAGCCGCCUCACCCAAAGACAUGCUCAUCCUGGUGGACGCGAGCGGCAGUGUUUCCGGCCUGACGCUCAAACUGAUCCGGACGUCCGUCAGCGAGAUGCUGGAGACGCUGUCCGAUGACGACUACGUCAAUGUGGUUUAUUUCAACACCAUGGUGAAGAAGACGGCAUGCUUCGAGCAUCUGGUCCAAGCCAACGUGAGGAACAAGAAGCUGCUGAAGGAUGCCGUGCAGAACAUCACAGCCAAGGGCAUCACCAACUAUACCAAGGGAUUCGAAUUUGCAUUUGAGCAGCUUGCAGCGACAAACAUAAGCAGAGCAAACUGCAAUAAGAUCAUCAUGCUGUUUACUGAUGGAGGAGAAGAACGAGCACGGGCCAUCUUGGAGAAAUACAAUGCGGACAAAAAAGUGCGGAUCUUCACCUUCUCCGUGGGACAGCACAACUAUGAUAAAGGACCCAUUCAGUGGAUGGCCUGCACCAACAAAGGUUACUUCUAUGAGAUCCCUUCCAUUGGAGCCAUAAGAAUUAACACACAGGAAUACCUGGAUGUCUUGGGCAGACCUAUGGUUUUGGCAGACAAGCAGGCCAAACAAGUGCAGUGGACCAACGUGUACCUCGAUGCACUGGAACUCGGUUUAGUCAUUACCGGGACCCUUCCCGUCUUCAAUAAGACCAAAACCAAAGACGAGAGAAACGGCGAGCGUCAAAAUCAGCUCAUUCUCGGCGUGAUGGGCAUCGAUGUGUCUCUGAACGACAUCAAGAAGCUCACGCCGCGUUUCACAAUUGGUCCAAAUGGAUACUACUUUGCCAUCGAUCCCAACGGCUAUGUCCUGUUGCACCCCAAUCUCCAGCCAAAGAAAAGGAUCCACAACAGGAAGCUCAGACUUAAUAAUAAGUAUACAGUCACUUUUCAUGAGAAUCCUAAAUUCCAGGAGCCGGUCACCCUCGACUUCCUGGAUGCCGAGCUGGAGAAUGAUAUUAAAGUUGAGAUCAGGAGAAUGAUGAUCGAUGGCGAGACGGGCGAGCGCCUUAUUCAGACCCUGGUGAAAACUCAGGAUGAGAGAUACAUUGAUCGAGGAGGAAGAACGUACACGUGGGCACCAGUCAAUGGAACAGAUUAUAGCCUGGCUCUGGUUCUGCCGAAAUACAGCGAGCACUUCAUCCAAGCCAAACUGGGCGAUGACAUCAAGCAAGCAAUGUUGAUGGAAACCCUCCAGCUGGAGAACUUCGACAACUUUGGUCACACCUUCAUCGCUCCACGGGAGUACUGCAAAGAGCUGACGUUGUCGCUCAACAACACCCAGUUUCUCCUCGAUUUCAACCAGUACAUUGAUAGGAACACUCCAGAUGCAUGCAAUGUGUCCCUUGUGAGUCGACUCAUCCUGGAUGCCGGCCUGACAGCUGAGCUGGUCGACUUGUGGAAAGAGCAGAAAGUGAAUGGGACCGUGGCCAGGUUUGUAGCCACAGAUGGAGGAAUAACAAGAGUCUUCCCGAGAAGUGCCGGCGAGGAAUGGAUGGAGAACCCCGAGACGUAUGAGUCCAGUUUCUACAAGAGAGCCCUGGACAACGACGUGUAUAUUUUCACCGCUCCAUCUUUUAACAUUGCAGCAGAAGGCCGAGAGAGUGUGUCCGAGUCUGGUAUCCUCGUCAGCAAAGCCGUGGAUCUCACUGUCAAUGAAGUCACACUUAAGCCGGCAGUGGUGGGAGUGAAACUCAAUGUCACGUUCUGGAUGAACAGUUUCAUGAAUGCCACACUUAAAGAGAAUUGCAAAGAUGAGAUCUGUGGCUGUUUGAAGAAUGACAAGCAUGUCGACUGUGUGAUCCUGGAUGAUGGUGGCUUUCUGCUCAUGUCCAAUCAGGAUGAUUACAUUAGCUUGAUAGGUCAGUUCUUUGGCGAGGUGGAUCCUGUACUGAUGAUCAACCUGGUCAACACCUCUCUGUACUCCUUCAACAAGACCUACGACUACCAGUCUGUUUGUGACCCCGAGAAAGACAGCAAGGCUGCGGCGGGGCCUCGCUCCGUGUUUGUGCCAACCAUAGCAGACUUGCUCAGUGUUGGCUGGUGGGCCUCCACUGCUGCCUGGUCCAUACUCCAGCAGCUCCUCUAUGGCCUCAUUUUCCCUAACCUCCUAGAGGCAGCGGAGUCAGCCGACGAGGACAUCCCCGACGCCAUGUUUAAGGAAAGUUGCAUCACGGAGCAGACGCAGUACUUCUUUGACAACGAUGAAAGAUCCUACUCGGGGGUUCUCGACUGUGGAAACUGUUCCAGGAUGUAUCGAGGGGAGAAACUGCCAAACACCAACCUGGUAUUCCUGAUCACCGACGCCAAGGCCACGUGUUUGUCAUGCGACCCCAGACCUCUGCGACAGGCCGAACAACCCUCCGAAGGUCCAGAUCCAUGUGAGUUGGCCCAGAACCCGAGAUACCGCAAAGGGCCCGACGUGUGCUUCGACAACAAUGAAAAUGAAGACGACUCUGAUUGCGGUGGAGGGACCGGCCUGAGCCCGAGCCUUCGGGCCACGCUCGUUGUCCAGCUGCUUCUGUUGCUGUGGCUCGGCACGCCUUCGCGAAGCUCGUGACGCCUGUAAACGCACAAACCAACUAUGAGCGUUCAUAGAGGAGAACGAGACAGUGAAAACGCUCUCACCGAGCAAAGGUCUCAUGUCACACGAGGAGGGCAGAGGACGCCACACGGGACGGUAUGCAGAUGAUUUGCAAACACGGUGUUAUUUUGUUCACAGUAUCGGCGUCUUCAUUUUCCGAUGCCAAAGGUUUCUUGCUCAUUUCCCUCGCAUUUCCUUUUCAACGAUAACCCUGCUCAGCUGGUUUUCAUGCUGUACCCCGAACAAUUCUCCUGUGCAAGGGUAAGCGCCAACCAAACCCUUUAAUUAUGUUUGCUUUUCGAAGACUGUGUGCUCACUGACAGCAUUGAUUUGUGUAGUUGUAGGUAUUGUUUGUAUUUACUGCGUAUGAAGGGCGAGUAACCCCCCCCUCCUCUGUUUUUUGUUGUUAUUGAGUAUCUUAAAAAUGUACUGUACCUGCUCAUCAGGCAUUUAGCUACCAGCUCAGUGUUGUAUCGUUGCGGCGUGUGCUUCAUAUCAAGCAAAAGACAAUACAGUAAUCUGAGCCCUAACGUGAAAAUACGUGUAAUUAACCCCCCCAGAAAAUGUGCUUGCUGAAACCGUCAAUAUACCACCAACUAUGAUGCCAAAACACUUUAGCAUUUGAAACUCAUCUUACAUUACCCGAAACAAUAAAUGUCUUACAGAUUAUUUGAUUUUGAAAAAAAUAUACCUGAACUGCGUGUGUACAUGCACAUGUGGGCGAAAAUUCCAUUUACGAGCAACCCAAGCUAAACUUAGCUCCUCCCUGACAUACAACGCUUGUCAGUCGGUAUGUAUCACUUGAAAUAUUGUACUUCGUUGAGACCAAUUCCUCUUUCGAUAAGAAUUUGACACCAUCUUGUGGCAUUUUAGGAUGUUAAAGAAAAAACACUAAAGUCUUACAGCAAAUAACGGCAGAUAAAAAAAAUCGCCAAUAGACCUUUUCAUAAUGUUUGUAAAUAAUAGGCACCAGGGCACUUCUGGGUGGUAAAAAGUGAUCGACUUACCAGUCCCUCAAUGAUCAUGCUUAGUAUAGCUGAGUUUGCACCAUGUCUAUUUUUAAUAAACUUACCUUUAAAUUGUAAAUUACGGCUGCCGUUCCAUCUCCCUUGGAAGCAGUUUACCUCACGUAACAUCCUUUUUUUUUUUUUUUUUCCAACUGACAGGUCACACAUUCAAACCACGGUGGUAGAAAAGAAGGCUAAAAUCAUCAUUCAAGCCAUUAACCUUUUUUUUUCAAUCACUCUUCCUUGGUCAAAUGACAUGAAAGGGUUUGGUUACUACUAGUGGUGCCAUCAGAGAUUGCUCUUGCCACCCGGUAGUACGUGCGACGCCGUGGUUAAAACGUCUGUUGGUAAAUUUGCAAACUGGAAUUGCUGUACCAUGAGUCUGACACCAAAGCGUUACGUGGUAUCAAGAAACAACACCAAAACCGAACACCGUUAAAUCCCUCAGAAUUGGGUUUUGACAUGCUUAGACAGCAUCCCCAUUUUUUGGUCUUUGGGUGUCCUGUUUGGGUGAUGCAUUGAACACCCAGUGCCUAGAUCUUAGCUCACAUUCCCCUUUUUCCACUGAACAGUACCUACACUCGCCAUUGACAAAAACAAGGUACCACCUCCAGUUUCUGCUCAGCUGUGGAUCCAACCGUUUGUGUUGAAAUGACAAAAAUGCUCACGUGAAUUCACCCUGUUGCUGUGCCUUCGUUUUGGACAAUGCAGCUUUAUACUCCACAGUCUCCACUUUGCUGCAGCUGCCCUCAGUCGCCUCUGGAAUCAAAUUUGUCAGCCCCAAAGUGAAGUGAGGCAAGUGGAGCCGAGCUGGUUUAGUGCAGUGGAACUGAAGAAGCGAUUUGUCAGUAGAAUUACCUGUGUCACACCUACUGAUCUCUCAUAGAACACUGGGUGGGAAUCACUAGUCUAAACCAUGUGGCCCAUGAGUCAGUUCUCAAGAGACUUUAGUAUGAUUUCACAGAAAAAGUAAUUUAUGAAAUCUGCAUUUUUGAUGGUUUUAUUACCUCUGCAACCGUGAAUAGCACAAGGCAAUGGUUUACCUCAUCCAAGCACAAAAUCAGAUUUUGAUCUCCAUUGGUUUGUUGGUUGGAGUAAACCCAUAAUUUUGCUGGGGAUCCAGAUUUAUUUUUCAUGGUCUGUGUCACCAAUGGAACUGUCCGAUCACCGUCCAGAAUAAAAAAAAUGGUACAGCCUGACAGUUUUCUUCCAAUUAACCAGGAGGUAGAUGGCACACUAACAAACGGAUGGACAGAAAUACAAGAAAGGUGUUACACCCAUUUUUUAAAGUGUUGGCCGUGGUGAAUAUGGCUAAGUCACGUUCUUGGUUUUGGAUUGUAGUUAGUUUGCUAGCUAGCGGAAUUAUGCACAGACACAUUUUAAUAAAACUGUGUACUGAAGUGGGGCAUGGACCACGGAAAACCUUGUAAGAUUAUUGGUGCAGAUCGUGGCAUUUACCUCCCCAUUAUAGUCCACUUGCAUUGGGGCCAAGUGAAUUUAAACCCACUGUAAUGUGCAGCCUUGCCACCUAAAGGACUGGAGUGGAACAAUCAUUAGCAACUGUAUUUUGUUUUAAAUGAUAUAAAUCCUGCACUGCCUGGAACAUCAAAAAUGUUUCAGAACAUUAUUUUGUGGUGCUCAUUUUUCUGCCAAAUUGAUUAAACAGUGCUUAAUCCAUACAUGAAAAUCAGUCGCCUUUGAAAUUUGCUGUUUUGAACUCAAAAUAGGCCAUUUCCGUGAGUCGUACAGAUCCGAUGAGUCACCGUCGCUGUCGUCAUAGGCAGUUUCGUACUCCUUGAACACUGGCAGCUAGAUCCAUUCCACACAUCCACCAUCCACACACGGAUGUAAUUGUGAAUAUUACUUCGUGUCGGACUAAUAUGCUGGCGCAUCGGCCUGAGGUUCCGCCUGUGCGCUCAGGACCGGCUUUGGAUAAAUCACAAGAGUUGACGAGACCAGAAAAAACACUUCCGCCGCUUCUGCUGUUAAGAAGUAACAGUACUUUUACGAUUACAAUGAUCUAAAUGUCGGUCGCUACUUUUAUUUAUCAAUUAUUGCUUAUUUAUCAACUAUUUUGUGAGCGAGACUACAACUUAGACUUCCACAUUGGCGGUGUUUGCUCCAAUCCUGUUUACACGCUAGUAACGUUUAAGUCUAGUUCACCAAUGAAACGACGCAAGAAAGUCACAUGACCUCACACGUCUUCUAUUGGGCUUCCCGGGCAUAGGUAUUAAAACUAGAUAAGCCAGCCCGGCUGAUCGUCGUGCCUACGUGGCGCCCAUGUUGGGAAGGUUGUCAUUACCAUGAAGGCAACGGCGCGCAACUCGUCGUGUUUACAUUUAGACAAACAAAAACAACAGCUUUCAUGUAUUGUAGUAUUUGUCUGGCACUGUCUGCCCAAACGUGGAUAUUUCAGCUCACUUAUAACUUGAGAAAACACCGUGCAAAUUGCAGAUGUUUUGUUGUAGUUUUGACUGUGCAUACCCACACACCCACUGGGCAUGGCUCAAGUUGGAGGCCAAAACAAAAAAGCAAAGAAAUGAGGCAAAUUUAAUUUUAAUCCUAAAUUUGUACAUCAACAUGUACUUGAGCGGUGUAAAUAAAUGUUUUUCUGCGUGAAUAAAAUGUGUUUAUAUUGCCUUAUUGUACUCUUCAGAGUCUUCCAGAUUGCUUAAUUUAUGUUAAAAUCAAUAACAUUCACUGCGGGAGCCCGGGGGAUCCCCCCAAACCCCCCCCCCUACAAUGUUUUUUUUUUCUUUUUUGUCACCCUUUUCAUGCCUUUGGUGUUUGCAUGUUUGUCAAUCAAUAUUUCAGUUGUACAAUUUCACACUAAAUUCUCUUGAGAACGCUUUAAGGGCCAAAACAUGAAGAAAAGAUGAGGAAUGCACUUUCUUCCUGGAUCCACCUCAGCCUAAAGUAGAGCUGAGCUCAUGCUCCAACAUCUCACUUAAUUCGCUUUCUGUUUUCUCUGUGUCACCCAACUCAGACAACUUGCGAAUGAGCUCGAUAUCAAACAUGACGUUUCUUUGUUUUCCCUCCGCUCCUUCCCUCGUCUUCCUGCUUGUUACCUCUUUGUUGUUUGCUCGAUUAAUAGUGUUGUGAAGCAGACGCCGGCUUAAUGUCUCUGCGUCCAAAACGCUGCAAAGUUACCGGGAGGGUUUUUUUUUGUGUGUUUCGAGCGCUCUCGCAGUCAGCAUCUGGGCCUGCUGGAUAGAACGUGAGAGGACAAAAUAUCAAUGUUCAUCCAGCAUUGCCUUACCUCGCCAUUUGAAUCAGCAUCAUGGUGACCACGUGCAUGCCUUCUGAGGUUUAAGUUCUCUCCACCUUGCCUUCGUGUUGAGCUGCUGGUGCUACAUGUGUAGGUGAUGCCUGUUUAUCAAAGUGUUGACGUGUGUUUUAGCCAGAGGAGAGGGCGCGGAGGGGGUCAUGUCUAUCGAUGCGAAAGCAUGUUUGUGUGCCCCCCUCCCCCUACUCCUACAUGAUAUCUGAUUGUGCUUUCAUACUGUACAUUAUUUACUCUUUUGUGGAACUUGACUAUAGCCUGAAUACAUUUUUGUAUACAUUUGUACACUAUUUACUGUAUAAAAGAGAAAAAUAACAAAGGUUAAAAAAUAUUUAUAACAUGGUGUUGAUUAUUGUGCAAAUAUAAAAUAUUCACAAUAAAAGUGUUGUAUUGUUAA